AUGCCCCUCCUAGAAGGGCCCGGAAGCCGCCCUGCGGUCAACGGUAGUCUUCAUAAUGGCUUCACCUCGCCCUCCCCCGUCGUCGAAUCCCUGCCAGAUCCCCAACCGCGUCAGGCCGGCCUCAAUGGCCGCCAACGCAUUGUGGUAGUGGGACUGGGGAUGGUUGCUGUCUCGUUCAUUGAGAAGAUUGUCAAACAAGACGCGGAACGACGCAAAUACGACAUCGUCGUCAUCGGUGAAGAAGAGCAUGUCGCCUAUAACCGAGUUGGUCUGUCGUCCUUCUUCGAACAUCGGAAGAUCGAAGACCUCUACCUCAACCCCAAAGAAUGGUACGGAUCAUUCAAGGACCGAUCCUUCGACUACCAUCUCAACACCCGCGUCACAGACGUCUUCCCAGAUCAGAAGACUGUCAAGACUUCCACGGGCGAUGUCAUUGCCUACGAUAUUCUGGUCCUGGCUACCGGAUCAGACGCGGUGCUUCCUACCUCCACACCAGGCUACGAUGCCAAAGGUAUCUUUGUCUACCGCACUAUCUCUGAUCUGGAACGUCUCAUCGACUUCGCCUCCCACCACAAAGGUGAGACCGCAGUCACCGUCGGUGGUGGCCUACUCGGUCUCGAAGCGGCCAAAGCCAUGACCGAUCUCGAAGACUUUGGUAAUGUGAAGCUCGUCGACCGCAACAAAUGGGUCUUGGCUCGGCAACUCGAUGGUGACGCCGGCACUUUGGUGACUCGUAAAAUCCGCGAGCUCGGAUUGGAUGUCCUGCACGAAAAGCGAGUGGCUCGGAUCAAGACCGACAGCGACAACAAUGUCACCGGCCUCGUCUUCGAGGAUGGUGAGGAGCUUGACUGCUGCUGCAUUUGCUUUGCCAUUGGAGUUCGCCCUCGUGAUGAACUGGGAGUAUCGGCGAACAUUCAACGCGCCGGGCGAGGAGGUUUUGUAAUCAAUGAGAGUUUGCAAACUUCCAUUCCUGACAUCUACGCAAUCGGAGAGUGUGCAAGCUGGGAGAAUCAGACGUUUGGGAUCAUUGCCCCGGGUAUUGAGAUGGCUGACGUGUUGUCGUUCAACUUAACCAACCCUGAUAAGGACCCCAAGACCUUCAAGCGCCCCGACCUCAGCACGAAGCUCAAGCUCCUUGGUGUGGAUGUUGCCAGCUUUGGUGACUUCUUCGCCGACCGUGACGGUCCCAAAUUCCUUCCGGGCCACCGACCAUCCAUCACCACUGGCCCUCAGACAACGAACGGUGAAAAGGAAGAGCCCCAAGUGAAGGCUCUGACCUACAAAGAUCCUUUUGGUGGAGUCUACAAGAAGUACCUGUUCACUAUGGACGGAAAAUACCUGCUUGGUGGAAUGAUGAUUGGAGAUACCAAGGAUUAUGUCAAACUCAACCAAAUGGUCAAGAGCCAGAAGCCCUUGGAGGUCCCGCCAAGCCAAUUCAUCCUUGGUGCCCAGAAGGAUGGUGAUGAAAAUGCUGAUGACCUCGAUGAUGAUACCCAGAUUUGCUCGUGCCACAAUGUCACCAAAGCGGACGUCGUGGAGAACGUCAAGAGUGGCAAGUGCAAGUCUAUCGGAGAAGUCAAGUCUUGCACUAAAGCCGGCACCGGCUGUGGUGGCUGUAUGCCCCUGGUGCAGUCUAUCUUCAACAAGACCAUGCUGGACAUGGGUCAGGAAGUUUCAAACAAUCUGUGCAUUCAUAUUCCCUACUCUCGAGCCGACCUCUACAAUGUGGUUGCCAUCAAGCGACUCCGGACCUUCGAAGAAAUUAUGAAGUCGGUCGGAAAGAACCCUGACUCCCUUGGCUGCGAACUAUGCAAGCCCGCUAUUGCCUCGAUCCUUGCUAGUCUUUACAACCAGCACGUCAUGGACCGGGAGACCCAUGAACUGCAAGACACCAACGACCGGUUCUUGGCAAAUAUUCAGCGGAAUGGGACUUUCUCCGUUGUCCCACGUGUUCCCGGUGGUGAAAUCACUGCUGAUAAACUGAUCGCGAUCGGUCAGGUGGCGAAGAAGUACAACUUGUACUGCAAGAUCACUGGUGGUCAGCGAAUCGAUAUGUUCGGGGCCAAGAAGCAGGACUUGCUUGACAUCUGGACUGAGCUAGUCGAUGCCGGCAUGGAGAGCGGACACGCUUAUGCCAAGUCUCUUCGAACGAUCAAGAGUUGUGUGGGAACUACGUGGUGUCGUUUCGGUAUUGGUGACAGUGUCGGCAUGGCUAUUCGGCUGGAGCAGCGUUACAAGAGUAUCAGAGCUCCUCAUAAGUUGAAGGGCGCUGUCUCUGGUUGUGUUCGCGAGUGUGCAGAGGCCCAAAACAAGGACUUCGGUCUUAUCUCUACGGAAAAGGGAUUCAAUAUCUUCGUGGGUGGUAACGGUGGCGCCAAGCCACGGCAUUCGGAGCUCCUUGCGAAGGACGUGCCCCCAGAGAAGGUCAUUCCCAUUCUGGACCGAUACCUCAUCUUCUACAUCCGGACGGCCGAUAAGCUGCAGCGUACGGCGCGCUGGGUUGAGAACCUCCCUGGUGGCAUCAACUACCUGCGUGAGGUCGUCAUCGAUGAUAAACUGGGCAUCGGAGCAGAGAUGGAGCAACAGAUGCAAGAGCUCGUGGACAGCUACUUCUGCGAGUGGACGGAGACGGUGAAGGACCCUCAGCGUCGCAAGUUCUUCCAGCAGUUCGCAAACACCGACGAGACGGUUGAGACGGUCGAAGUGAUCAAGGAACGUGAUCAGGAGCGUCCCGCGUACUGGCCCAAGGACAGCGCCAAGGAGGACUUCAAGAACCAUCAGUGGUCAAGUCUCUCGUGGCAGCCCGUCAUCAAGGCUGAUCACUUUACGGACAGCCAGCCUCCCGUCUCAUCGGCCAACAUCAAGCGCGGCGACACCCAGCUGGCCAUCUUCAAAGUGAAGGGCAAGUUUUACGCCACGCAACAGAUGUGUCCCCACAAGCGGGCGUUCGUCCUGUCCGACGGGCUGAUCGGAGAUGAUGACGCCGGCAAAUACUGGGUCUCUUGUCCAUACCACAAGCGCAACUUCGAGCUCAAUGGAGAGCAGGCGGGACGGUGCUCGAACGAUGAGAGCAUGAAUAUCGCCACUUUCCCUGUUGAGCAGCGGGACGAUGGAUGGGUCUACCUGAAGCUUCCGCCGGUGGACGAGCUGGACGCCGUGCUCGGUACGGAGAAGUGGAAGGUGAAGAAGGGCGAAGGGGAGGAUCCGUUCCUGAAGUACGACAAGUACAAGGGGAUACGAGGGAAGAAGAUCGCGGACAAGGCAGAGCUUGGGAACAAGGGGACGCAGGCUGCGAAUGUAAUUGAUUGGUGA